AUGAUGAGCGAUCUCGAGGACAUCUUAAGCGGCUUGAAUAUCACCAUCCCGCUGCCCUUGAAUGUGAGUGGGGAGUGCGAUCUGCCGACUAUUGCACCACCUGAGGAAAUAGAGAGAGUGCGCUCUGAGAAUGAGGGCUUGCCCAUCGAAUGUAGAAAGGAUAUUUGUUUCCAGUCCACCUCAACUGAUCUCAAGGGUAAUUUUACCUGGGGAGAUACUGUAGCUGGUGACUAUGCUUUCUCGUACUGUCCAAACGGCCUCCGUAGACCCUACAACACCAGCGGUGAUCGUCCGCUAGCUUUCCGGGCUUGCAACCCGCCAGCAACUUGCUGGCAUUUCUUACCGAAGCCGCGUUUUCCCUGCAGUGAGCAUUCGUACUGGGGAGACGCCAACACAACAUUUUGCAGAUGGAAUUCAGACAUCACCAAUGAAUUGGAAGAUAUUCUGUAUGAUUUGAUCGAGCUACUCAAGAAAAUGGUCGAUGAAAAAGAGGCUACUAACGUGACAUCAGUUAUUACCAUCCUCCACAAAACCAACAGCAUUCUCUCACUCACUGACCAACUGACUGUUGAAGACGUAACCCUGACAGCAUCCAUCAUGGACCUAUGCGUCACUUCUGGGGUAGAUGACGUAUUUCCGCUGCGCAGUGACGUAGGGUAUGAGCUGGUUGCCAUGGCUGACAACAUUCUGAAUAUUGAGAUGGGGAUGCUGGAGACAGUACACAGUGCAUGCACAAGUAUUGCAAAAAGUCUACAGACUUAUGCAGCCAACGUCAAGCUACCGGUCAUCAGCCGCUUCGUCAAGCAUUCCUUCAGUAACAUCGUGUUGGAGAUCAACGAACCAUCCCGUGACCUCUUCACUUUACCAAUAGAAUUCAAUUUCUUCAAACCCGAGUCACAGGCUGAGACGGUAGCCACAAUCAGGUUUCCGUACUUUCUCCUAAAUGGAUUUUUUCGAGAUGCAGACCCAGUCAGCAACGAGACUGGCCCGGUGAAGCUACAAAGCGUUCCCGUCCCUGUGGUUCGGACAACUGCCACGGUCUACUACAACACCAAGUUCUUCACUGGUGAUCUUUCCAUUGAACUCCCUCUGGAAGAUACCGUUUUACUCUAUGCCAAGGUCUACAGUGAUGGGGAGGAAGUGAAACAGCUGGAAGAACCGUUCUCGGUGACGUUUUACCACCCAGCGUCGGAAAACAAGUCCGUGUCAUCCGAUGUCCAGUGUGGAGCAGCUCGCCUCUCUCGGGACGAAUCACAGAGAUGGGGUCUCCUGGACAGAAUCAACAAAGUUAAUCUGGAGUGGGACUCAUCUGCCUGUACGCUCAACUACACGAAUGCCAACCAGACAGAUUGUAUCUGUAAAGUUCUUGAUCUCCUAGGACUGAUAAAAGAUCUCAUUCCCGUUCCUACUGAGCCACAGACAACACAGGAGGUUCCUCAGGAUCUCUUCGGAUUUCUGAACUUCCCGUAUUACGUAACAUUGACUGCACUGUGUUACAUCGGAUACUACAUUUCACUUAUUAGCCUCCUUCUCGUCGUUGCGACCUAUGCUGUGUUCCCUCGAGUUCGCCGGGGUCGACCAACCUUGAUCCUGAUCAACCUGUGUGUUAGCAUCUUGCUUCUUAUCAUCGUUCUCGUUACCUCGACAACCUACUCAAGCACUCUGAUUGGCUGUCGUAUCGCCAAUAGUCUCCGGCUGUACUUCAUAUUGGUGUCGCUUAUGUGGAACGGAGUGGAGGCAUUCCACAUGUACAUCGCAUUGGUUCGAGUGUUCUCCAGCCCCAUCAGAUAUUUUGUGUUGAAAUGUGGCGUGGUUGCUUGGGGACUCCCGGCUCUUCUGAUCGGAUUGCCUCUAGCUUUCAAUUUCGAAAUUUACGACGGCACUUACAAAGAUUGUGACUUUGUUUGUCAGUUAUCUGCUGAGGCUUUCAGCUUCGUGUUUCUUACUCCCAUGCUCGCUAUCGUAAUUUGUAACAGCGUCGUCUUCGUUAUGGUACUGUGGAUUAUCUGCAAAAUGUACGCCAGAGACGAGCGGCGGUCCCUCCUGACGCAGCUGAUUGGUGCAGUAGCUUUGCUGGUUCUUCUUGGCAUUAGCUGGGGAUUCGGAGCAUCAGCUGCCAUCACAUAUACACAACCAGACGAAGAUAAUGUAUCUGUUGGCUACUUCAUACUUCAGACGCUCUUCGUUCUAAGUGUGGCUUUCCAGGGUUUCUACAUCUUCAUCUUCCAUUGUGUCCGGUACCACGACAUCCGCAAGCAAUGGCUUAAGACAUUCCGCCCCUGCUGCAAGGUUUGUCGCUGCUCCCGUUGUCGCCAGACCAAACGAAUUGACUGUGUGCUAGUUCCUGCCUCCACGCCCAUGGCAACCCCAAUGACGUCACCCAUGACGUCACCUCUGACGUCACCCACAUCGUCACCGGACGCAUCAAGUGCAGGUUUAGAACUCGACAACGCGAGCCUAGAGUUAAACAGAGUUAAGGAGAAUGAUACGCACUUAUGACGUAUAGUUUGAAGUCACUGUCUUCAUGAAUCAGUCAUUGACGUUACAAUUUCACCAGGUUGGCCUAAUAAUUGACCCAUUUUUUUCGAACUACCCAAAAACUGCUAUUAUUCAGUUUUUAAACAAAGUUUAACUUACACUACAUUUUAAGAAAGAAAAUGAAAUAUGGAGAUUUUCCAAAAGCCCUUUUCCAAGUUGUACCUUGUCGAUACAGUUGUCGAAAAAUACAAUGUACAUAUAAAAU